AUGUUUGAGGGCCAAAUAACAGUAAACAAGCGUCAAUAUGCAGAUCGUUCAAAGGUUUAUAGAUUUCCGUUUGACAAUAGUAACUCUUAUUAUAAGGACUUCUUAAAAAACGAUGGCCAUCUUUUCAUAUAUGCGAAUGCAGAUAUGCUUGAUGGUGUUAUGAAAUGGUGCUCAAAAGAGAUUUCCAAGGAUGAACGUAAUAAACAUUACGGAUACAUUAAAGCGGAGACAAAUUUCAAUGCGCUGGUUCUUCUCUUGUGGUGCUUCUUCAUUACAGGGAAGCACAAGACUGUAUUGGAAGCAAUAAGGGUCACUGGACUAACGAAAUACCGUAUGUUUCCUCUGUGGUUCCGGGAUAUGAUGGGUAUGGUGGGAACAGCUCAUGAAGUGAAGUAUCCGCUUUUUACGGUUGCUUUGGAACGUUGGACGGAAAGCAUCGAUGAUAUGCAGUUAUCGUUUGAUGUUGGAAAUAGUCCUGUGCGUGAAUAA